AUGGGUGGAUGUUCAUCGAAACGUGAGCAAUCUCCAGAAUUAACUGAUGAAGAAAUUGCUGCAGUUCGAGAAGUUUGGGUCAAAGCAAAAACAGAAGAUGUUGGCAAAAAGAUCCUCCAAACGUUGAUUGAGAAACGACCAAAAUUUGCGGAAUACUUUGGUAUUCACUCAGAAUCUCUUGAUAUGAAAGCACUCACUCAAGUCAAAGAAUUUCAGCUACAAGCUCAUCGUAUUCAAAACUUUUUGGAUACAGCUGUUGGAUCGCUUGGAUUUUGUCCGAUUUCUUCGAUUUAUGAUAUGGCACAUCGAGUUGGACAAAUUCAUUUCUAUAGAGGAGUGAAUUUUGGGGCGGAGAACUGGUUGGUCUUCAAGAAAGUCACUGUUGAUCAGGUAACAAUUCCGCAAGAUUUUCUGCAUGAACUCGAGAAACGAAGAGAAGAAGAAUUAUUGAGGGAAACGGCAGAAAAAGAGGGAACUUUACCGAAUGGGCAACAGAAAUUGACGGCUGAUGUAUUGGCGGACUUGGCCAAUCCAUAUAAUGGAGAGAAUUAUGUGGCAAGACUUGGAUGGAAUAAAUUGAUGACUGUGAUAGUGAGAGAAAUGAAAAAAGGUUUUCUCGAAGAAGCGAUGAGAAAUUGUCGAGAAGAAGACAAUAAUGCCAUACUGAAUGCA